GCGGCGGCAGCAGGUUGCUGUCGAAUUGGAGAAGAAAAUCGCUGAAAAUAAUUGAAAAUUUGUUCAUUAUAUUCACAAUUAACCAGAGUGUUAGUGGGCAGUUGAAGCGAAAAAACUUAGUCGUGCAACCGCUCAAAAAAUAAAGGAAGAAAACUAACGGAAGAACGCAGUUUUGCAACGCGUAGCACAACUUGAAAAAUAGGAAAACAACGGAAAGAAUUGUGCAAAACAGCGAUGAAAUGUGUUUACAGGCGUUAAAUACAAGAGAGUUUCAAUACUAGACUGCUUAAAGUUUGAAAUAGUUACAAAAUAAACGCAAUUACAAAACCAAAGAAUCACGUAUAGACAGCACAAAUUAUGCCAAAACAAGUUCCCAAUACAUAUGUAAGCAAUAAAUAACAUUUUUGACAAUCCAUGACAAGGUUGUAAUCGAAACUCUGAAAGAAAAUACUUAAAUAAUUCAGUGACAUCAGCAAACAGAAAGGUUGAGAUUUAAUUGAGUUGCUGCAUGGGGAAUAGUCUGAUAACGAGUGGAAAACCGAGUCAGCGCCGUGAAAAGAGGCUUUUCGAGAGGCUGAGCUGCAGCUACGCUCAGGCUCCCAACAGAAUGGAGUUGAAUAUGAAUCCCCUGCUGGCACUUGCCCGUUCCAUUGCGGCGCCACCGACACCGCCUCCAACACCGGAGAAAUUGGACGCGGAUAAGGGUAAGGAAAAGGAAAAGGAUAAGGGUAAGGAGGGUCACCCAAAGGCUGCCAUCGAACUGCUGCCCAACGAGAUGUGGCUGGAGAUCAUGUCCUACCUUUCGUACAACGACCUGCAGCAAUUGCGCAUGGUGUCCUGGCGGUGCCGCGAUCUGGUUCAUCGUCGCCGUUUCAUGGAGAAGGGCAAGGUGAUAGUGACGCAGCACAACCUGGAGGCGCUCCACAAGCAUGCGAAGGGCGGAAACUGCUACUUGAGCUUCGAGCGGAUCGAACUGCGGAAUCUACGCCAGUGCCGCCAGUUGGAGAACUUUCUACGUCUUGUCGGCCACGAGGUGAAGCAUCUGCAAGUGCGCCAUGCUCCUGUUUUCCGUAAUCUGGAUGGCAAGCUACCAAACUUGAAGGUUCUGACCAUUGCCACGACCAGUUCCAUGGAUGACCAGCAUCUAAAGGCGGUGGAUGGCCUAGACAUGAAGCAGUUUGCCCACCUUGUGGGAUUCGAAUGCGAUGGCGUGAGCUUGGACUCGUCGCUAAAGUUGCUAAUGCUGUUGCAGCUGCGACGGCCGGAGAACAAGGUGCAACUGCGGCACCUGCAAUUCGAGUUCCGGCGGAACAACGAAAACGCUCUACUCGAUGUCCUACAGGAUCAUGCGGACACCUUGGUGUGCGUCGACUUAUUCUUCAGCUGCUCGCCGGGCAUCGAUACCCGUGAGUGGUGCCAAGCCUUCGAAAAUAUGCACAAUCUGCGCACUCUCAAGCUUUCCGGAAACUGUCAUCUGGUCCUGUUGGAAGCCGUCCUAAGAGCCGUUCCGGAGUCAGCACCCAUCCGGCAACUGGACUUGACCGGAAUGCUAUCGCUCACCAACGAAUUGCUGCUCUAUAUAGCUGGCAAGUGGCAGAGCACUUUGAAGGUGCUGGACCUAAUGUUUUGUGUCCAACUCAACGCCAAUUGCAUUGAUGCACUGCGCCAGCUGAGUGGUCGCUUGGAGGCAUUGACCAUGGCUUACUGCAGAGAGCUGACUGGAAUGGGUUUGCUUCAAGGGCUGGCCGGCGAUAUUAACUACAGUCUGCAGGAGCUGCACCUGGAGGAGACCAUAUUUUUGGACGAGAGCUCCAUGUGCCAGCUGUUGGAGCGACUGCCCAAUCUUCGACGCCUCAGUUUGGAUAACUGCCGCCAAGCGGUGACGGAUCGCACCAUGGCCACCAUUUGCCAAUACCAAACAAGACUGCGAAAUCUUAACAUCGACUACUGUGUGAAGAUUACGGAUCAAGGCCUGAUGGGAUAUGGAGAGACUCCGUAUGCUAUAAGUCGACUACGCGGACUGAAGGAACUGAACCUUAGGGGCUGUCGCAAUGUCACGGAUAGUUCUCUAAAAGUUGGCCUGAAAAUGCCAGAGCUGCGAGCUCUUUCCCUGGGCUACUGCAGCCGACUCACUUCCGAGGGAUUCGAGGCAGUGACCCAGAACUGUCCAUCCCUGGAGGCACUUUGUGUGUCCAGUUGCUUGGCAGUGGAUGAUGAGACUGUACUGAAUAUUGUGAGCAAUCUGAAGCGUUUGAGAAUUCUCAACCUGAGCAACUGCGCCAAGUUGACUCUACAAUCGAUCCACCACAUCCUGGCACAUGGACACAAUCUAGUCGAGUUGAUCGCCUGCUCCAUUGACGGCAUGGAUCAUGAGCAGGCCCAGCGCAUUCUGGAGUCGCAGAGGCCACAAAUGAAGCAGGUGCUUCUAUAGCAGGAGAGGUACAUCCACUGACGCAGACGAAACACUCCCCAUCACAACGAUUGGGGGAGUCACGACGAUGAUGAGUUCGACGACGACGAGACCGAGAUAAUCGAGAUCGUGGUUUAGUCGCUCGUCUGACGUUUAGAUUAAGAGGCAGCUGAGCGUCAAACGUACAUUGAUUUAUCCCUAAGGAAAUUAUUUUAGACCCUGAAAACUUUGGGAAAAAACUUUAGAGGUGAUACUUAGAUUUUUUAAAGCCCCAUCCGCUUACUAUGUUAAGAUCAGCCCCAACAGAAGCCAAAUAAGAAAGUACAAGUAUUUAUCCCACCCAAAACCAACUUUACAUUUCAGCGAGUAACGAUUUAUUUUGAAACUAUCUUUAAACCCCAAGCCAUUGCCAUCGAUAGGUAUCUUUAAACUUUAAACUACGGUCAUCAGAUUUGAUAGAAUCGAGCAAUACCAGCAAGUAAAGACUUUAUCCUAAACUUUACUCAUACGUAAUCUAAGGCCAUAUAAGAAGCCCAAAGAGCUUGCAUUUCUAUAUACCUAUUAAUCGGGUUAAUCAACGAAACAAUACUUCUACACAAAUAAUACUUUGAGUGUUGUUCAAGUCAAUAUAUUAAUCAGAGUGUGUCUACAAUUUUUGUAUCUUACAUAGCAUAAGUAUACGGUUGAUAAACAUUUUCAAGGAACGAGUUUGCGAAAAGAGGCUGUUAGAAUAAGUGGAUGUUCAAAUCUAACCAACCAAUACAUGAUAUAUUUUAAUUCAUACUUGUAGAUGUAAGAAGAGUUUUCAGAAAAGUUUUAAAAGAAAUCGUUGGAUUUUGGUAUAAGGGAAGCAAGACUCUCCCGAUAAGCAAGAGCGGAACUUUUGGAAUAUAUAUUCUUUUGAAGAAUUUUACUUUACUUAAUCAACUUUGAACAUUUAAUAAAUGUUUGCGUGUGUGUUAUAAGCUAAUCGAAACGAAGGUUUAGAGCUAGAGGGUUUGACAUAAGAUGUGUGCUACGUAUAAAGGAUAUUCAGCUUCUUUUG